AUGAAGACUCAGAAAUAUCUAUAUUUAUUGAAGACCAUCAUUCUUCUAAGAGGGCUGUGUGAAUGCUUUAACAUUGACGUGAACCGGCCGCACAUCUUCAGUGGAGCGGACGAUGCCCUGUUUGGCUUCUCUGUGCUACAACAUGAAGCUGAUAGAGAGAAAUUGAUGUUAGUCGGUGCACCAUGGGAUGGUCCACCCAGAAACAGAAAGGGAGACAUCUACAAAUGUGCAGUGGGAGACGAGCUUAAUUCCAACUGCUCUAAAGUAAAUCUAGCUGACAGCGCGUUUCAAAAUGUGUCCCGGAAUCUGAAGAACUCUCACCUGGGCAUGACACUUACCCCCUAUGGGCCAAAUGGAUUUCUGGCCUGUGCCCCAUUAUGGUCUCAGGAGUGUGGCACAUCUCUCUUCAGCACCGGGAUCUGUGCCUCUGUCGGCAAUGACCUGGAACCCAAAGAGACCAUCGCCCCCACAGCACAGAGGUGUACCACCUAUAUGGACAUUGUAAUAGUUCUGGAUGGUUCUAACAGCAUCUACCCAUGGUACGAGGUGCAAAACUUUCUCAAAAACAUCCUUAGCAAGUUCCACAUCAGCCCGGAGCAGAUGCAGGUGGGCAUCCUGCAGUAUGGUGAGAUCUCGGUCCAUGAGUGGUCCCUUAAGGACUAUCAGACAACAGAGGAAGUGGUGGAAGCCGCCAAGAACAUCAGUCGACAGGAAGGGCGAGAGACUCGCACGGCUUAUGCCAUUGACAUGGCCUGUACAGAGGCAUUCAGCCCAGAAAGAGGAGCAAGAGAAGGAGCCACUAAGGUCAUGAUUGUGGUGACAGACGGGGAGUCACAUGAUGGUGAAGAGCUUCCUGAUGCCCUAGAAGAGUGCAAUAUACGCAACAUUACCAGAUAUGCGAUCGCUGUUUUGGGUCAUUACAUCCGCAGGCAACAGGACCCAGAUACCUUCAUUAAAGAAAUCAAAUACAUCGCAAGUGACCCUGAUGAGAAAUAUUUUUUUAACGUGACGGAUGAAGCAGCAUUGAAUGACAUCGUAGAUGCACUGGGAGAUCGUAUUUUCAGUCUGGAAGGGACCUUGGGAUACAAUGAAAGCACCUUCCUAAUGGAAAUGUCUCAGAUUGGGUUCUCAACACACAUCUUAAAUGAUGGAAUCUUGUUUGGCAUGGUGGGGGCAUAUGAUUGGGAUGGAGGGGUGUUGAAGGAGAGCACUGAUGGAAGGAUCAUGCCCCCUCGAGAGGCCUUUGAGGAAGAAUUUCCAUUGGAGCUAAAGAAUCAUGCAGCAUACCUGGGUUAUACCGUGUCCUCAGUGGUAGUAGCGGACCGGAAGAGACUCUAUGUGGCUGGAGCACCCAGGUUUAAACAUAAAGGCAAAGUCAUCCUGUUUGACAUGAGUCCAGAUGGUGAUGUCACCAUCACUCAGGCCAUCGAAGGACAGCAGAUUGGUUCUUAUUUUGGCAGUGAGGUGUGUGAGGUGGAUGUAGAUAAAGAUAAUAUAACUGAUAUCCUACUGAUCGCUGCUCCCAUGUUCCUAGGAGCAGGCAACAAAGAGACAGGAAAAGUCUAUGUCUUCUGUCUGGAUGGGAAUACUUUUGCUCCGAAUGGUACCCUACAUUCUCAGCAGAAGGCACAGGAUGCCCGGUUUGGUUAUGCUAUGGCUGUGGCUCCAGACCUCAACCAUGAUGGCUACACUGAUCUGCUGGUGGGAGCCCCACUAGAGGAUGAUCACCAGGGUGCACUUUACGUCUACCACGGCGAUGAAUUCUAUAUAAUACCACAUUAUAAGCAGCGAAUCUCUGGCUCCUCUCUCUCUCCAGGCCUGCAGUAUUUUGGCCGCAGUCUGAGCGCUCAGUUGGACAUGGACGGGGACGAGUUACCGGAUCUGGCAGUGGGAGCUCACGGCAGCGCCGUCAUCCUCAGGUCUCGCACUAUAGUCCAGAUCAACAUGAAUCUGUCCUUCAAGCCGCACUCCAUUAACGUCAUCCAGAAGAACUGCCACAGGGCCGGCAGAGAGUCGGCAUGUCUCAAUGCCACAGCCUGCUUCCUGGUUAAGUCUCGAUCCCCAGGAUCAUAUGGCACAGAAUUCGAUCUGCAAGUGGGCGCCGUUCUGGACGACAGGAAACUUUCUGCACGUGCUCUGUUUGAUGCUAACUCCCAAAGACAGAACGUUAUACUGGUCAGAGUCCGUGUAGGAGAGUCUGUGUGCCAUGUGCUGCCCUUCUAUGUGUUUGACACUGCAGAUUACAUCCGUCCCAUCAGUUUCUCCCUGAACUUCAAAAUCAAUGACACUGAAAGUGGCCCAGUACUAGAUGAAGGCUGGCCUACCACACUUAAACAAUUUAUUUCAUUUUAUAAAGACUGUGGAGAAGAUGAUGUGUGUGUGACGGACCUAAAUUUGCAAGCCCACAUGGACAUCUCAGGAACAAGGCAACAGCCGUACAUAAUCCGUAGUCCUAGAAGACGCUUGGGAGUGGAAGUUCAGCUCCAGAACCGAUUAGAGAAUGCUUAUAACACCAGCCUCACUCUUCAUUACUCCAAGAACUUGCACUUUAGUAGUCUGAGUAUACGGGAAGAUGCCCAGUUUAAGAUUGACUGUUCUAUACAAAGCUCCAACAGUCGCUCUUGUAAUGUCAGCUAUCCAGUCUUUCGCUCCCAGUCUAAGGUGAACUUCAUGCUGGAGUUUGAAUUUAGUUGCACGUCUCUCACAAGUAGGGUCCAUAUGAAGCUAGUCGCAUCAAGUGACAGUGUGGAGCGAGAGGACACUCUAUCAGACAACAGUGUUCAGUUACAGAGUAUAGUGCAGUACGAGCCGGACCUCUUUAUCACGAGUGAUUCCAAUCUAAACCGUUAUGAGGUCCAUCCCACCAGAGCUGCAUCAGAAGGGACAGGUCCAGAGUUUUACACAAAUUUCAGGAUACAUAAUCUUGGCUGCUAUGUGGUCAAUAAUCUGGAGCUGAGUAUUAAUUUACCUGCUGUAGCUGCAGGAGACAGAGUCUUUGCAUCUGUGGUGGAUGCAUCAUCUCACAAUACCACUGGUGUUAAAUGCAGCAUCAAUAAUGACCUCGCUCAGCUAAAAGCAGCUCAGAAGGAUGUUCGUCCACUGCAUCCUGAGGACAUGAAGAAAAGUGAAGUAUUGAACUGCAGUUCAGCUUGGUGUUUGGAGGUUGUCUGUCAAAUCCAGCAGCUGCUGAAGGGACAGACUGCAUUGGUUCGCCUCACCAGAAGAGUUCAUGACAACUUUUUCAGACAGGCUAAAUUUAAGGCUGUGAUGAUAGUGGGUUCCUAUCAACUUGCAGCACGGGAAUCCAAUCUGAUUACACUGGGCAGUGCUGGUCUCUGGAGGGAGACGGUGUUGGAGGUACUGAAGGGUCGUUCUAUUCCAAUCUCGCUGUGGAUUCUGAUUGGCAGCAUCACUGGAGGCCUGCUCCUGCUUGCACUCAUCAUUUUCAUCCUUUGGAAGCUGGGCUUUUUCACAAGAAAACAAAGAGAGGAGGAAAAAGAUGAGAACCACGAAGACUGAGCUGCACCACCACUGAAAGACUGGUUCCAUUUGCCUCCCAAAGUGCACGAUCUAGGAGUGCACGUAUGCUUAAAAAAGUGACUCCUGCCCCUCAUCUGGGAGCCGAACCUCUUAGUUCCUGCUCUCUGUUGCUAAGGGACAGAAUGGAUUAUACAGUGUCGGAUUAAAGCAAAGCGGAAUGUGUUGUGAACGCGUGCACUAUGUAAAUAAAGCAGGUUCCCUCAAGACAUCAUUGAAAGAACUUCAGCAACUUUUUAAGGAUGUUUUAAAGAAUAACCUUAAUAAAGCUAUAAUCAGGUGGCACUGCCAGUGUCAGGCUGGGAUUUGGAUUUCAGUGUGGGUAAUAGAUUAUCAGUAGGGGGUAAAAAUCUGAGUCCAAUUAAAUGCACAAAUCAUAAGUGCAUAGAAGCAUAAGGUGUAUUUUACAUCAAAUGUAUUUAUUGCUGUACUGAUUCGUACUGAAUUGUAAUUUACUUUUACUGUUUAUUUCUCAGGUUUAUGAUGUUUGGGUC